UAAAUAAUUAAGUUAAUAAUAGAAGCUUAUUUUCGCACAUUGUUACAUUAUAGAAAUAAAAUAUGAAUGCGAUUUAAAAUCUAUAUUUUACACAUAUAUUUAGUGCAUCUAUAGAUAAUAUAUGUAUGUAUUUAUGGACGAUUCUACAGAUAGUUCGUCGGCUAGCUGAACGAGAGAAAAUGCUAAGGUUAUUACGGUGUACGUACUUGUAUUUAUAUUAUUAUCAUUUAUAAAAUGGCAUUUAUAACAUAUGAACGUUUAUCUUCGAUAAUUUAGUUGAGGGUAUUGAAAAUAAUAUUUGAAAAAUGCUAAUAAAUCAACAAAAUGCGAUGUUUGUACGCGUCGGUUCAGCUCUGUUUUAUGGGCUAUCGUCGUUUAUGAUAACGGUGGUGAACAAAAUGGUCCUUACUACCUUUGGUUUCCCAUCCUUUCAAGUUUUGGGAAUAGGACAAAUGUUAGCCACUAUUUUCGUUCUUUACCUGGCGAAGAAGUUACACUAUGUCGACUUUCCUAACCUCGAAGCCGCGACGUUCGUUAAGAUCUGGCCGUUGCCGAUGAUAUAUAUUGGUAACAUGAUCUUCGGAUUGGCAGUACGAAGAUUUUCUGCGUACAAAGCCUUUGAAGAAGAUUAUGCUAAACAUCAUAUAUUUUUAUCUUCCUUUCAACGAGCGGCCCUCUCCGUAGGAUCAGCGAUUAUAUCACUAGCCGAUCCGUCCCGUGGUGAUCUGAUAGCAUGUCUUGCAGAGACUACAUCUGGAAAUGCUCUUGUGCACUGUCUAAAUGAGAUGCAGAAGUCAUCUGAAGGACAACGCAUUUUAAAAGAGAAACCACGUAUAAAUACUUCAACUGUUGAUUUAUCAUUAUUGAAAGAUUUACCAGAAGGCACACUUGGAAAAACGUAUAGCAACUUUUUGGAAGUGAACAAUGUAACACCAGAUUCUAGAACACCGACGAGAUUUAUUGAUGAUGUCGAGCAAGCAUAUGUUAUGCAACGAUAUCGUGAAAUACACGAUAUCUCUCAUGCAGUUUUGUUGAUGCCUACAACGAUGCUCGGAGAAGUCACAGUGAAAUGGGUAGAAGCACUUCAAACAAAAUUGCCAAUGUGUAUCGGAGGAGCAAUAUUUGGAGCGGCUCGUUUACGAGCGAGACAAAGAAAAUUAUAUUUGGAUUAUUAUCUUCGGUGGGCAGUAAAUACUGGAAAUAAUGCUAAAUUUUUAUUAGGUGUUUACUUUGAAGAACGAUGGGAACAAUCUCUCCAAGAUUUUCAUAAGGAGAUGAACAUCGUUCCUCUUAUUCCAAUGUCAUAAUAUACGAAUGCGUUGUGAUAAUACGUUAUCAUGUAAAUUUCUGUUAUAGCGAUAGUUCGUCGAAUGACAUAGUUCAUCCAGGUUGCUCUUAUAGAGAGCAAAGAGAUCCCUAAGAAUUCUUUCUGUAAAAAUACGCAUUAUUUACAUGAUAUAACAAUUUUUAUUGAUUAUAACACUGGAAAUAUUAAGAAUAUAAUUUUUAAUGGGA